ACACACAUCAAGCCCCCUUCGGUUUCCCUUAACAAGAACACGAUUCUGUUCGUAUUUUGCCUGAAGUAUUCUACUCUACGAUCUAUGUGUAUCUUAAUGUACUCACUGUGCACCCGCGAAUUCGAGUUCUAAUGAUAAACAACAAAGUUACGGCUCGUAAGAGCACGAUCAAUCGCAUGGUCAGAUACUUGCUCAUUUUGUUCGGCAUCUGGCCGGAUGUAUCGUGUAUGACGUUCUGCAGAGUAUUCUGGGGCAUCUCCUUAGUGAUUAUCGAAGUUUGCCUAUAUCGAUACCUUCUUAUACAUCUUUAUUCCAAUGAUAUAUCCGACUUAAUGGAUUGUUUUAGCACUUUAGUAGGUUACGUAAAGUUCACCGUCAAGAUUGCUAUCUUUUGGUGGAAUGAGCGAAUAUUCAAUCAAAUUUUAAAAUUAAUGGCGGAAGAUUGGAAAGAUUGUGCAAACAAUGAUAUCGAAAUGUGCAAAGCAGUUAGGAAGGCAAAGAUAUCUGAUUACAUUGCCAACGCGAUCAUCACUCUACACACAGCCGCUGUGCUCUUUUACGGCGUAGGCGUCAUCCUAACCGACGUCGAUAUUGCCGAUCCUACGAUCGAGAUACCUCACAUAUACAGAAUAGAAAUUCCAUUUUGUAUAACCUCACAAGUUAUGUAUAAAUUAAUGCUAAUUAUGGAAUUGAUUCAACUGAUAAUGAGCAGCUGGGGAAUGGGUGUUAUAAACGUCAUGCUUUUAACAAUGACCCUACACAUAGGUGGUCAAAUAGAUAUACUGCUUUGCUGGUUCGCGGAACUAAUGCCCGUAGAUAGCGCUAACAAACCCAGAUCCGACAUGAUGAAAAAGAUUAUUCAGAAACAUCAGAAAAUCAUCUAUUUCACGGAGAAUAUAGAAAAUUUGUACACAUUCAUCGCGUUGUUGCAAUUUAUAUCAAACGUAAUGAUGAUUUGCAUAUUAGGAUUUUUAAUCAUAACGGCGCUCGAUAAUCCCGGCGCGACGGAGAAAAUCGCGAGAUCGCUUUCAUAUUAUAGCGUGACGAAUCUAGAAGCGUUCAUGUUUUGCUAUGCUGGCGAAUAUCUGAUUAACAAGAGCAAAGCAAUCGGAUAUGCUGCGUACGAUUGCGCCUGGUACGACAUGAAACCCAAGGACAGUCGCAUUCUGUUGCUUAUUAUUUUAAGAUCGCAGAAACAAUUAACGCUCACCAUUGGGAAGUUGAUGGAUCUCUCGUUGCAACGCUUUGCACAUGUAAGUGUUUCGCGCACAGAAGUCCAGCCGACGAUGGUCGCGAGCACGUUCACCCGCCCGAUCGAGAUCGGGCUUCAGGUAAUUGGUGUUUGGCCAGACGCGCCUUACGCGAACAUCAGUCGAAUUCUGUGGACCACGUCGAUGCUGGCCGCGCAGACCUUUCAGUACCGCCACAUGCUGUCGCAUUUACGUUCAGAGGAUUUGUCACUGCUAAUGGAUGGCCUGAGCGCGACGCUGUCGUACAGUUUGUUGUGUGUCAAGUUGAUUGUUUUCUGGACAAAACAACGAAUAUUCCACGACGUGAUAGCGAGUGUUUCGAUGGAUUGGGAGGAAUGUAGAAUGGCCGGCGGCGCCCUAUGCAAUAUGAUCGACGUGGCCAGCCUGUCUCAUCGUUUUUCGAAUUUGAUCAUCGGCCUGCACUCGACGGCCGUGCUGUUCUACUGUAUCGGCGUGAUCGCGCUGCACAGCAGCGACGCCGAUCAGGGUGAUGUCGAGCGCGAGCUCUUCCUCAAGAUGGACCUACCCUUCGAGAGCGACGCGUCGCCGAUUUACGAGCUUGUAAUGACCACGCAGUUCCUGCAUCAAAUGACAUCCGCCACCGUGAUCGGCGUGCUCAGCGCGCUGCUCGUUACGCUGGUGCUGCACGUAGGCGGUCAGAUAGACAUCCUGCGUGAGAGACUGCUAGAAAUUCUGCCGAGGGACAGGAAGUCGACUAUAUCUGUGAUCACAAUGAGCUCGUUGAUCCGUAAGCACCAGAACAUCAUCGUUUUCACCGAGAAAAUCGAGAACCUGUACUCGUACAUCGCACUGGCGCAAUUUGUAUCGAACACCCUCGUCAUCUGCUGCUUAGGAUUCAUCAUCGUGAACUCGAUUGGCGAAGGCCAGGAUUUUUCUAUGCUAGUGAAGUCCCUUUUAUUUUACGUCGUCAUCAAUUUGGAGGCGUUUAUCUUUUGCUUCGCCGGCGAAUAUCUCAGUAUCAAGAGCAAAAUGAUCGGCGACGCGGCAUACGAGUCCCUGUGGUACGAUCUGACUCCCAGCGAGACCCGAAUCCUGCUGCUCUUGAUAAUGAGGUCACAGAAGCAAUUGACAAUCACGGUCGGCAGAUUCACGAAUCUCUCUCUGCAGCAAUUCGCGAACAUCAUUAAAUCGUCAGCCUCGUACGUCUCUGUGCUUCACGCGCUGUAACCAACGACGGCGCCGACUCUCACCGGUCGAUAUUUGCGUGUGUAUCGGUAGCGGCCGACGUUAAAGCCACCGCGUUGCGGACGUUAUUCCGACGUAAGUCGCAUCACACUCAAGAACUCUUACUCUAUUUUUCAAUAAAUAGUCUACGAUCAAGUUGCGUGCACACGCUACGUGUUCAUCCCUCGCUCAUCGUCUCCCUGCGAUAUCUUCACGCGAACUUGGUCAAGUGCGCGGACGCGCGGUUUACCCCGCCGCCGACUCAUUGAAAAUAUGCCGUUGCGCAACUUCCUUCACAACGGGGAGGAAAAUAUUUUUCGUGAAGCCGAAGGUCGUCGCUCAAGUUUUCAUCCACUGAAAGAAGUUCGGAACGUUGUUUCGCGUUAAAUUGCGGAAGUUGCUCCGAUGCGGCAGCGAGGGGGAAGCUUUCCCCUUCUCUCUUUUUCUCGUUGA